UUUAUGUUUGUCACAGGCUGAGGAAGGAGCAGUCUCUCAGGUGAUUUCAUGAAAUAAUUUUGGCUUUACUCUCGUUGUGACUGUCACCAUUUGCCCACCCCUAGUGGGACUUCAGGUGCUUAGCCUCCCUCCUGCUGGUUCUGCAUGGUCAUGACCUGUCAUCACGGCUCUUCUCCAGCCCGCCUUGUCCUAUUGGUCCUGCUUACUGUUGUUCCGCAGCUGGCUGGCGCCGCCCCCGUGAGGGGCGAGGGGCUGGAGGGAGGGGUGGAGGACAGCCAAGAACACACUUUAUCGCCCCCCAUCUCCCUCAUCAAUACAUCCCAGGACCAGGGUGAGCACCCAGGCUCAGAUAAAGUGACUGAUGAGGUGCUUGCUGCACUGCUGGAGGCUCUGGACCACCCCAGUGAUGGGGACAGCGUUAGGGAGAGAGACUGGAGAGAGGCAGGGGGGCGGGAGCUGCCCUCACCGGACGCCUCUGAGGCUGGUGAGAUAAGAGGACCAGAGGCUUCUCCACGAGAGCCCAGGGCUGAGCUGCCAGAGAGGGAGGGGGGAGGGGCCGAUAAGACUGAACAGCUAAUUGUAGGGCCUCUGACAGCUGCUCAAGGUGAAGACUUUAAGCAGAAGAAAGAAGAGGAGGACCAGGGUUGGUCUAAACAGGAUGUGGGUGAUAAUGUGAGCCAGGGACAGGAGCAAAACCAAGAAAGUUUUAACUCUCAAGGAGAAAAUGAUCCCUUACUGCAACGCAAAAUAAGAGGCUACUUCCAAAACAUUGACUUGGGUCUCCAAGACAAUGAGAUCCUGCCUCCACUUAAGGGCUAUAAAGCAUAUAACACACAGUUAGCACGUGCAGGGAAGAAGCUCCAUUGGGAGGACAACCGUGACCGCAAUCGCCCCGCUAAAGGUGGGAACUUCAUGGACGACUUUGAGGAGGAAGGGGAGGAGCUGGAGGAGGUGGAAGAGGAGGAAGAGAGCCUCUCCCGGAUGGAGGAGGAGGCUCGAGCACAGGCCGAGAAGCAAGAGGUGCUGCGUCAGCAAGAGGAGGCCGAGCGUGCCCGCGAGGAGGAGCAGAGACUCGCCGACAUCGCCUCCGACAUGCUGCUGCAGUACAUGGGCCGCAAGCAGCAAUCAUACAUGAAGCCUCGGCAGAAAAGCAGCAUGGGAAAUGCGGCUGAGGACAAACGCUCGGAGGAAAUUGUCCAGGAUGAGGAUGAUAUGGACCAGCAGAUGAUCGACAGGCUCAUUGAGAUCAGCAGCAAACUUCACCUGCCUGCGGAUGAUGUUAUAGAGAUUAUCAGUGAUGUGGAGGAGAAAAAGAAGAAGCGAAAAGAGCUACAGCAACAGCCAGUCAACAACAAUCCUGUCACUCCUCGAUUUCGCCCCCUUGUACCUCCUCCUCUGGCCGCUCCUCCCAUCUAUCACUACACUGCCUCAAAAAACCCCAAGAAACAAAAGUACAACAAGUCCAACAAGAAGUGGCAUAAGGACAAAGUCAAGUCAUACAAACAGGACUAUUGGUACAAACCACAGAAGCAGAUCGACUACUGGUACAAACCUCAAAAACAGUUUUUAGCUUUCCCCUCUUAUCCAUACUAUCAGAAGCCAUAUCGUGCAUACUAUCCAGUUUAUUUUCCAUACCCGAAAUCACAGUAUUAUGGUAAGCCACCUCCCCCAAGAGACCAGCUCUUUGGCCCCCAGGAGCUGGACCUCCAGCCUCCCAGGAGAAAGAACUGGGCUGGGGGUAAGAACAGGGGACCAGGCUGGAGACAGCAGCCUGCUCCUCGCCUGCCCAUCACACCCUAUAUCUCUAACUAUAUCCUCCCUCACCCACGGACAUACCAAACUCUCCCUGCCCCCAAACCCAUCAGCCAGCCUCGGAGAGGCCGGCGGCCCCCGUACUACCAACCGGUCGCUACGGGAGAUGACUAUGAGGAAGACGGCCUGGUGCCCCAACUGGACAGUGAGGAGGAGCUGGAGAACUUUAUUGAGAGAAUCUAUAUGAAACGCAGAAUGUAUUGAGAGACCUACAGACUUUGUUUUAGACCAGAUCAAAACAGAGUCAGAUUAAGUGCAGUAUGACCAGAAACACUCAAAGAUUGUGAGCUUGAAUGACAUUUAAAGGUCCUGAAAUGAAAAGUUGGUUUAUAUUGUGUCACUGUAUUUGAGUUAUUUCUUUGGUAAAGGGGGAGUAUAACAUAUGAGCUCCCUGUAACCAUGUUCAGCCUCUUGCUCAGUUUACAUCUGAAACAGCACAUACCACGAGUAUGUCUGUCUUCAUUCAGGUCGAACUCUGAUGCUCUUGCAUAUCUCAGAGUUUUUUUUACAAGACACACUUCACAUUUGUGAGCAUUCAAAUGCAGUUGUGCCCAUUGUAAGAAAACCAUGUUUACAACAUGCAGCAUAUUUAUAGCAUUUGUUCACUUUGUGUAUGUCACAAUCAAAUUUUAGUAGACUUAUUUGCUACACAGAUGUAGUGGUGGAGGAAACUGCUGUGCUGACAGUAUGUUUUGUUGUAUUUGACAUGUGAUGUUGCCUUUCUUAUUCUUGAUUGGGCAGAACAAUUUACAAGGUGCCAAAUACACACAUCCAAACUCAAGAUGAAUUUUGCCUUACAAGCACCAUGGUUCUAUAAGGGAAAUAUCAUAAUGCAUAUUAUAUUUUCAUUGCUAUUGGUCCCGAUGUAAAAACCCUGUGGACUCCAAAAGCACAAACUUAACACUAAACACUUCCAACCUGGUGGACUAAGGGUUUUUAAUCAUAAUGGGACCCAAACAGGCAGUAGAUGCACCACAACUGAAAAUCACCACAUCGUCAUCACUGGGGGGUCCAUUGUCACAGCUUGAUUUUUCUUAUCUCCAUCUACUUGAAUGCCUCACUUUAUAUGCAUUCAUGUUUUAAUUUACUGAAAAUUCUUGAAGUUAAUCUGCUGUAUCUGUUCUGCAGCCUUUUACAAACAGAUAUUGACUGAGCGGCUGCAAGAAUUUAGUUCAUUUUUAGCUCAAAAGGUUUCAGGGCGGGGAGUCAGGGAUUGCGCUUAAACCGUUAAAUGCACGUCUUUUUACUUGCAACUGAAAAAAAUAAACAAAAAAAUAAAAGAACAAAAAAAGAGAAAAAAUAAAACAGUCUGGAGAAAUAAUCAAGGUGAUGGUUUUCUCUGAAUAAACUGUGAUUACUUAAAAAAAAUAUAAUGGAAGAGGGCCACUGUGUCCGCAGUGAAGCCAUCUGUCUUGUAAAAGGUUGUUGUUGAUGUCACCUUAGCAUUGUAACAUGUA